AUGUGCAACGACAAGCUUCACCAAUUUCUUCACGCUCUUCCAAAGUGUGAGCAUCAUGUCCACAUUGAGGGCACCAUCUCUCCAGAGCUACUCUUUGACCUUGCCUCAAAGAACGGGAUCUCUCUACCAACGGACGACCCAGCCUUUGAGAGUCCGGUCACACUCCAAGCUCGCUACGACAGGUUCACUUCUCUCGACGAUUUCUUACACUAUUACUUCAUUGGCUUCUCAGUACUUCUCGGUGUAUCAGACUUUGAAGCAUUGACAUACGACUAUCUCUCUCUCGCAUAUUCACAGAAAGUAUACCACGCGGAGAUUUUCUUCGAUCCGCAAGCCCACAUAUCACGAGGCGUGACGUACCAUACUAUCAUUUCUGGCCUGAACGCCGCAAAGAAGAGGGCCGAGAGUGACUUUCCCAAGCUCAGCGUUGAGUUCAUACCCUGUUUGCUUCGUCAUCUGCCGGUGUCGUCAGGCCAUGGAAUGCUCACUGAGCUACUGGGCACUGGGCACUUCUUCGAUGGCACUCUUGUUGGUUUCGGAAUGUCCAGCACAGAGCUGGAGAGGCACCCCUCGCUCUACAAGGAGGUCUAUGAGGCAGCACGGGCGGCGGGAGUUGCAAACCUGACUGCUCAUUACGGUGAAGAAGGCCCUUCAAGUUACGUCAAGGAUGCCUUGUCGCUUCUCGGGGUGGGGCGCAUUGAUCACGGUAGACGCUCUGCCGAGGACGAAGAAGUCAUUGCACAGCUUGUUGAGACAAGUACAAUGCUUACGCUGUGUCCAAUCUCGAACGUUGUCCUCAAAGGCGUGGGGAGCAUGCAAGAAUUGCCCAUUCGGAGAUUCCUAGACGCAAACGUCAGAUUCAGCAUCAACAGCGAUGACCCUGCUUACUUUGGAGGAUACAUACAAGAAAACUACUGCGCUGUUCAAGAAGCUUUUGGAUUGUCGGUCAAUGACUGGGGAAAGAUUGCUCGAGGAGCCAUCGCCGGGAGCUGGUGUUCUCCCGUAAGAAAGGACCAGCUGUUGAAGGAGGUUGAAGAAAUUCUACAGCAAUGGAAUUAA